AUGAUCUUCCUGUCCCCCCCUCCACCGUCGACGCCCCCCAUCCCUCACGCGAUGAUUUUCCUGCCCCCCUUCGUUCUCAACCCCACAACCCCCUCCCCCACAAGGCGGGCGCGAGCUGAUUGGACGGCCCCAAUCCGACAUAUGGGCCUGGUUUACGGACGCCAGCUCCCCCCAGCGAACCAACUCGGCAAUGUGUUAACAUUGCGGCACAACGUGUUCUACUACAAGAAAUCCAAGCAAUCGUCACACCAUUUGAACAAGUGCGAGAAGUUUCGGUCGACAAUGAUGGCGCUGGACCCACAUGAAAGACCAACUUGGUUCGCAGUCAGUACCAAGCGCCAGAAGAAAGCCAAGGCGCUGUCAAGUAUGAAGGCCCCAACUGGUAUCUCAUUUGGCCAUCCAUCUGCUGCGCCUGUCAAGACCUUGCAAGAGUCCAUGCGACGUUAUGCUCUGCCCAAGCUAUCUCAAGUGGACCUCGAAGCGAUCAAGAAAUACUUCGCAAUGCACUUUUACAUCACGAGCACCUUGUUCCAUCGUGUUGGUCAGUUUCACCUGAAGCGGGCGUUCCAGCGGGCAAGGCCGGACAUUGUGCUUCCAAACCGUCAAGCGUUGGCCAACAAGUACCUCGACAUCUGCUACCAUGAAGUCAAGCAAGAAAAAGAUCGUCGACUGGGCGCGCCGGAUACCCAGGUGUGCCUGACAACGGAUGGAUGGUCAGAUGUCAACAUGGAGCCAGUAGUUAACUACAUGGCAGCAAAUGCCACUAUGUCGGUUUUUUUGGACAGCAAGUACACUGAAGCUCAAGCGCACACGGCGGAGUGGAUCGCCAAAGACCUUGAAGACACUAUGGCAGCCUUACCAGCAAAUGUAUGUGGCGCGUGUACAGACAACACAGCGGAAAAUCCUUGA